AUGGCAAUAGAGCUAGACACUGUUCAACCGCAACAACAGGAGACCAUGCAGAAGAUACGCGAAGAGAUGCAAGCGCAACUAGACGUCCUGCGACAAGCAAAUAAAGCCAGCACUAAGCAAAUCAAUAUGCUAAGGCAGGCUCGAGAAACCAGCGUGCAAAAUCGAGCCUGGGCAAUUCCAAAAGCCGCAGUAGAUAGCCAUCCUAUCCGGGUAAUUAACGCAAUUCAUGGCCGUCCGGAAGAAGACGAGCAAUCGGGAAAUUCCUACAGGAUCCAGCUCAAACAAGCCCAUAAGCUGUGGAGGAUUGGGGAAAUCAAUACCGUCGACUGCAAACCCAAUCCAGCACAAGUUUUGUUUCAUAAAGGGGAUCUCAGAAGGGUGCAACACCUGCACGCAGACCCAUUAGUAGUUAGUCUACUAAUGGCCAACUGUCUGGUCAGACGAGUACUGAUUGACCCCGACAGUAGAGCUAAUAUCAUGACAAAGUGGACGUUCGAUCAGUUAAAAUUGGCUGCAGACCAGAUUUGUCCCACUAAAAGUCCUUUGGUAGGAUUCGAUGGGAGAAGAGUGGAGCCCACAGGUGUGAUCACGCUAUCAGUCACUGUUGCUAAAAGAUCCCUAAAAGAGAACUUCGUGAUUGUGGAUAUUCACCCGACCUACAAUUUGCUAAUGGGUCGAGGAUGGAUCCACUACAUGGAAGGAGUCCCAUCAACCCUGCACCAAGUCAUGAGAUGCAUAAGCCCGAAUGGUUAA